AUGCUAAGGAUCGUUCCGCAAGUCGCAGAUGGCCGUGCACAGUAUGCUUUGCUACUCAACAGCCGUGGCCGUAUUGUGGAAGAUUUGAUUUUGUAUCGACAAGCAGGUGAAAUUUUAAUUGAAAGUGAUCGAAAUAACCAAUCGAAAUUGCGGAAAUUGUUUGAAAUGUUCAAAGUGCACAAAGAUGUGACAAUCGAAGAAGAAACAGAAAGCUGUGUUUAUCAUACUGACAGCAUAACGAAUGAUAUUCCUGGCAUUCAAGAUCCACGAGUGCCAUCCUUUGGUAAACGUAUUCUUAGCAAAAUUCUGCCAGAUGAUCAAACAGUAGACGAGCAUGCAUACCGAGAAAGACGUUUUAAUUUUGGUAUACCAGAAGGACCGAGUGAAUUAGCUGGUGAACUUCCACUAUUCAUGAAUGCCGAUAUUAUGAAUGGCGUAAGUGCUAAUAAAGGAUGUUACUUAGGACAGGAAUUGACAGCCCGUGCGUUAAACGCACCAGAAAUACGGAAGCGCCUUUUGCCUUUCACAUGCAGAGGUAUGGUUACUGGCUCAUUAGUUAACAGCGAAGGACGGCGUGCUGGAAAGGUGAUCGCGUGCACCGGGAAGAAAGGUCUGGCUUUGGUUCCUAUUUCACGGAAUACUUCACCAACGCAUUUUCAGUCGAUGAAUGAAGAUAUUGAAAUCUUCCUACCUCCUUGGUGGCCGGCUGACCCUUUCAGUGUUUCAUCCCGGUCAUUAUGAAAACCC